CAUUAUGUUUAGAACUUGGAAGGACAAUAGUCUUAUGGGCCUUAUCUAAAAAGCCCAAAGUUUACUACUACUACUAUAUGUGGACUGGAUACUCUCCACCACCGCAAAGAAGGUGACGGAGAUAAAUUCGCUCUCAGGAAAUCGGAGUUAUACGAUGUGGACCGUGAAAUCGGCGCCGAUGCCGGUUCAAUUUUUCAGGGGACGAACCGGAGAAGUUUUCGUCGGAUAUUCACAGUCUCCGCCGCUUAAUUACAACGGGACCCACCGUCGACUUUGUAACAUCCCGACGAAAUCGCAAACAUCCGAAUCCGUCGGUGGAUUAGGCCAGAAAAUCAUCCUCCGCUCCGCCGAAUCGAACCAGAAUAAACCGAUCCCAAAGGAAAAGGAAAUUAGUGGAUCAGACGUGCUCUGGGCGAUUCAGAGAGCGACGGCUCAGAGGAAGAGAUCAAACGCCGACAAAAAGACGAAGAAGAAGAAGAUAACAGGUGUGGAGCUGUCAUCUUCUGCGGGCGAGUCCACUAGAGAUAACGGUGUUGAUUACAGUAACGUGAGGCCGUUAAAGAUCAAGAGCGAUUGGGGACACAGAUUGGACGAAUUCGAGAAACUUCUCAAAGAGUUUCAAGACACGGGACUUUGAGUUUGACUUUGACUUUUGCAGUUUACUGUAUUCUCAAAGUAUUUUUAGCUGUAUAUAUAUUAUUUUCAAUUCCCUUUUUUCUGUAACUAAAAACUACAGUACGUAUAUGUCAGUCAUUCGACCCUAAAAAAACACUAUAUGUAAAAAAAAUAUGAUUAAUAUAAAUUUAUCGCAAGCAUA